AUGAUUUCCUUGUCAUCUUCAUUCUAUGUCGUACUCGGGAUUGCUUUAUUUCUUGGAACAUUCGGAUUCCAUGGAUUAGUCGUCUUUUUUAUUUGUAUAGCUUGUUUUCUAUGCGGGUUUUGCUACACGAUUUACUAUCAUGGAGCAGAGAAAUCGAAGCAGUUCACAUCGGAUUUCAUUAGACUCAGAGACUUAAAGUUCAGGCCAGGAAUCAGUGUCUUUUUGAAGAAUAGACAUCGUUUCAACAACAACUCAAUGUACGAACAAAUUCAUUCAAUGACCAAUUUUCCGGCCAUGGAUUCUGUUCUUGAACAGAUGCUGAACUAUGUGAUGCGUGAUUAUGUGGAUUCUUGGUAUAAGAAAUUAACCGAUGAUGAACUUUUCAAAGAAAGUUUACUAAGGACAGCUCGUCGAUCUGUUGCAUCUCUUUCACAAUGUAUGCGUCAAGUGGAUUGGGUUCCUUUCGUUACACGGCAUGUAGCUGACGACUUUGCUUCACAUCUUCGGCUCUAUCGUAUGGCUAGUGAAAAGUACAAAUCCAUGAGAAAGAAAGGUUCCACCGAGAAUGACCUUCUUAGCCAUUUCUUUGACUACGAGUUAGAGAUGGAAAAAACGCUUUGUAGGGAUCUUUUGUGCACUACUCCUAAUUAUGAAAACGCAUACCUUCACGAUGUCGUUGAUAUUGUUUUAUACCUUAUUAUGCCUCCUGAAGACUUUCGAUGCAGACCACUUAGAUUUUUACUCCGGGAAGUUAUUGUACGUCGACUUAUCGUACCACUGCUUGACCACUUUUCCGAACCGGACGAAAUGAAUCAAACAAUGAUUUGGCUUCUAAGCGAAAUUUCUCCACGGCCGGAUGAUUUCAUUGUGUGCUUGGAAAAUAGUAAUUCUAUUGAUGAAUUGGAGGCAAUAUACAAGUCGGUUCAAAGUGAGAGGCAGGUACUUCGUGGGAAGGAUUCUGGUGGUGAUCAAGGAACAUUUGUCAAACAACAACUUGGCAGCCUUGAUUACGUGGACAGUUUGAUUAGAAAAAAUUCGCAGGUUCGUGCGCUCUCAUCAAAUGAGGAUGGAUUGGUUCAGCUUCCUCUUCACGUGAUUCUUACCAAUGCUGUUGCUGUUUCGUAUUUCAUCGAUUAUCUUCAAACAGUUGGCGGACAGAAUUACAUCGACCUCUAUCUCGCUAUUGAGGGUUUUAAAGUAUCUGUGGAACAUCAACUGAAAACAUUGUCAAAUGGUGAGACGGUAGGAGAUGAAGUCCUCGAAACAAUCAAAGAAGCGGCACAGUUCAUGUUUCAGCAGUACCUUUCCCAGGAAGCGAUCACACGAGUACCGUUGGAAGAAGCGGUUAUUUCGAAACUUCUUUCUCGGAUUCGAAAUGAUGAACCUUUCGAUUACUGGUUUGAGCAAAUUCAAGAGAAGGUCGUUGAAGUAUUGCGUACUGAUGAUCUUUUUUAUCCUGGUUUCAAGAAAAGUUCAUUUUAUCCUAAAAUGCUCAGCGAGUUGGGUAUUAAUAAUGACGAGGAUCGACAAGAAACACUGGCAUCAGAUGCGGGCUCCGUACAUUCGGCUAUUUCUGACCCGGAGCAACAAACUCCUUCUAGUGAGAGAAUGAUAAAUAACGGUAAACCGGUUAUGUCUGCUAUAGUCGAAACAUUGGGUAUAGGACAGCAGGGGAAACAAUCGUUCGCUCUUUACAACGUGCGAGUAAGCAGGUCAGUAAAUGGCAAAAAAGUCAGUGGUUGGAACGUUCUCCGACGAUACAGUGAUUUUCACACCCUACAUGCUUUUAUUGUUCAAAAGUAUCCAAAACUCACCAAUUUGUCUUUUCCUGGUAAGAAGACGUUCAACAACUUGGACGCACAUUUCUUGGAGAAACGAACAAAGGCGUUGAAUUUGUUCCUGGAUUGCGUCCUCCAUCCAUCAAUGAUUGGGGAGUACCCGGAAUUGGAAAGCAUGCUAUUCGACUUUCUCAGCCAGAAAGAGUACGAGGGUAAUCGGGAACCAGUUGCAAAGAAGAUGAUGUCUGCAAUGUUUGAUCCGAUCAGAAUGGGAGUAAAAGCAGUAGGAAGUACAGUGAUGGCCGUACCUGAUCAGGUGUAUGGUGGAGUUUCAAAAGUUGGUGCUGGUAUUAACAGCGCUGCCAAAGUUAUUAUUCAGCCAUUGAAUGGGGCCACAAAACCCUCUGUUGUUGAUACUGAUCGCGUCGCUGCUGAAUCCACUGCUGACAAUAUCCCACUUCGCGUCCUGGUCUUAUUCGUUGACGAAGUCUUCGGCGUUCGUGCAAGGAAUGCAUGGUUCCGUCGCCAACUGGUGAGAUAUGUUACACUGUUUCUGGAUUGUGUUUAUCAGUACUUAGUUAACUUUGAAUCUCUUCGAGCAGUUUCACGGGAUGACAUAGACCUAGCAAUGUUCCAUCGAAAACAACAUCUUUUCGAUAAACGCUGA